GGCUUACUAACUGGGUUAAUACAGAUGAUUACAUCAUAAACAUUGCGCGUGCAGACACCAGGCACUAGAACGCAUGCAGUGACCGGUUGCGCAAUUGAGAGUGAGAAACUGGGUUCGAACAAACGGAGGAGCUGAAGAAGGAAGGGAUGAACAAUGGUUUACCACUAUCAGCCUCAAACUAAUGUAGACACGCACAGAGGGGAGGAAAGAAAGGGGUGAAGGAGGAAGAGAGAGGGAGGAGAGAAUGGCACAGUCACAUAUAGACAGUGGUGAACAAUCGGUGGACGAAGCCUAGCUAAAGAAACAGAAGGAGAGGACAGGAGGUCGGAUAAAAGGGAUAAACUAUGUUCUUUUUUAUUUAAAGAUGGGGAGUGAAAGAGGGGGUGUUCGCCCUCGGCGUCAUAACGCAUCCAUAGAUUAGCCCAAACCAAACGCUCCACCGCCCGUCCAUGGCGUAAAGUCUGGGGUACAUAAAUAUAUCUGAAAUAAUUAAAUAAUUCGCUGUGGCGAGAAGAGCGUCAGCCGCAGUGUGUCUCUCCUUGCACCACGUAAGCGCAGCCGAAACAGAGACGAGGCCAGGGAGGACGGAGAGAGAGAACAAGCCAUCCCUUUCCUAGCCGAACCAAGGAGAGAGGAAACGCGACAGGCAGACAACAAUGGGAAUAUAGGUCUAUAUAUACCUAAACCAUCUGUGAGCAACCAGCACAGCGGAGGUUUUUGGGGUGUUUUUAGCGGUUAGCUAUAAAGGAGACCGGGGAUUCGGUGUUGCAGCGGCCGCGCUGAAGAACCGCACAUGUCAACACGUUCAAGCUCCACAUCUCCAUCCCCGCCCUGCGCGGAUCGCAGAUCCGUCUAACGGCAACGCCAUGCAGGUUACCGAAUAACGGAACCGUUAACGGAACCGGGGAACAGUGAUGAGAAGGACUCGGAUCAAUGGUUUUAUGAUAUGAGCCUUUAUAAACGAAUCAAUUAAUGAAUUACUUAUCAUCGAUGAGAAAGGACCAAUCAAACAACUGAUUUUAUGGAUUCAUGUUGACAUUUUCGGAAUGAUCCCUAUAACCUGCUUUAUCGGUGUGAUGUGCUUUAUCUAAGGAUCUAUAGGCUAUGGGCUCUAUUCAUGACAGAAAUAUAUACAUAAAUACCACAUUUAGGCUGAUGAUUUAGUAGUAGUCUUAACAACCCAUGCGUUUCUUCCUAUCUCUAUCGAUAGAUACAUGGACAAUUAGGCCUACCCGUUAGAUCUAUGCGUUUGUCUUUGCAUAAAAAUAUGUUUCGGUUAAUUUAAAAAAUAGUGAAGCAACCGUUUUUUCCUCCCUCUGUUGUAUUGAGACGUUAGGCAGCAGGCAGACAGGCAGUCACAAGCAACACACACACCAUCCGUUCCUCUGUGGACUGCACCUCUCCAUCUAUAUCCCUCCCUCCUUCCUCCCUCCUCUAUCCCCCCUCCUCUAAUCCUCCCCAUCCCUCUGUUCCAUUCCCAGAUUAUCCAUUUUUAUUAAUUUGUUAACGUAUUAGCUCUUUUAAGGAUUAAAAACUGUUCACCCUAUCUCAAUACUAUACGCCUCGCCUUCACUAGCAUAUCAUCGGCGCAUCCAGACACAGACACACAAACUUGACAUACACACCGGACAGCUCGCCAAUACAACACAGCAGCGAUGGAGACAACUAAACUGCCCCCGACCAGCCCGUCCUCCCCGACCACCGGGUUCUCGGUACCGUCAGCGGAGAAGGUGGAUGGGUUUCCCCGGCGCUCGAUGCGUAGAGCCCGGCAGAGGCGCUCCCACUCCUCGUCCCAGUUCCGCUACCAGAGCUCCCAGGUCGAGCUAACGCCACUGCCGCUGCUCAAAGAUGCCCCUGUGGCAGAGCUCCAUGACCUGUUCUGUAAGAAGCUGCAGCAGUGCUGCGUCCUCUUUGACUUCCUGGACUGUGUGGCUGACCUGAAGGGGAAAGAGAUCAAACGAGCUGCGCUCAACGAACUGGUGGAGUCUGUUGCUACAAGCAGAGGAGUUCUGAUAGAGCCACUCUACCCAGAGGCUAUUAAGAUGAUCUCAGUGAAUAUCUUCAGGACAUUACCUCCCAGUGAGAACCCAGAGUUUGACCCGGAGGAGGAUGAACCCACUCUAGAGGCCUCCUGGCCACACCUGCAGCUGGUGUAUGAAUUCUUUCUGCGUUUCCUGGAGAGCCCAGACUUCCAGCCCUCCAUGGCCAAACGCUAUGUUGACCAGAAGUUUGUUCUUCAGCUGUUGGAAUUGUUUGACAGUGAGGAUCCGAGGGAGAGAGAGUACCUAAAGACCAUCCUGCAUCGUGUCUACGGCAAACUGCUCGGCCUGCGGGCAUACAUACGCAAACAGAUCAACAAUAUCUUCCUCAGGUUUAUCUAUGAGACCGAGCACUUCAACGGUGUGGCAGAGCUACUGGAGAUCCUGGGCAGCAUUAUAAACGGGUUUGCUCUGCCCUUGAAGUCGGAACACAAGCAGUUCCUGGUUCGAGUCCUGAUACCUCUACACACAGCCAAGUCUCUGUCCAUCUUCCAUGCACAGCUGGCGUACUGUGUGGUCCAGUUUAUGGAGAAAGAUUCUACUGUCACAGAAUAUAUCAUACGAGGGCUCCUCAAAUACUGGCCCAAAACCUGCACCCAGAAAGAGGUGAUGUUCCUAGGGGAGAUAGAGGAGAUACUGGAUGUGAUCGAGCCAUCUCAGUUCAUCCGUGUUCAGGAGCCUCUCUUCAAACAGAUUGCUGCCUGCAUCUCCAGCCCACACUUCCAGGUAGCAGAGAGGGCCUUGUACUUCUGGAACAACGAGUACAUCCUGUCUCUGAUAGAGGAGAACUGUCAGGUGAUUCUACCGCUGGUCUUCGCCACACUCUACAGAGUGUCCAAGGAGCACUGGAACCAGACUAUAGUCUCUCUGAUCUACAACGUUCUGAAGACCUUUAUGGAGAUGAACAGCAAGCUGUUUGAUGACCUCACUGCCUCUUACAAAGUGGAAAAACAGAAGGAGUUGAAGAGGGAGUGUGAGCGUGCAGAGCUGUGGCGGGGGCUGGAUGAGCAGCAGGAGAGGAGACUGCAGAUUCUGGGGGAGGCCAGUCGCAAUCAGAAGAACCUCCAGGAGAGAGGGGAGCCUCCUCAGCCCACCUCCACACAGACGGCAUUCCCUGAGCAGCCAAACCCAGAGCUCAGCGGAGCCUCUUCUAACACCUAGAACCAGACAGCGGAGGAUCAGUACCAGGAUACAUAGAGUAGUUAGAGGACAUACAGAGACAGUAUGCACAUAGCCAAACACACACAUGUACACACAAAGGAGCAGACGCACACGCUCAAACACACACACACUGACAACGUACACAUAAACACAUACAGAGUCGCACACAGGCAUAUACUGUUUACACACACACACACACUCAUGCAGAAUGUAAACAAAAGAUGAAUCAACUCAAACACAUAGACUACAUUGAAGUGCAAACACAGCCCUCUACAUACUCACUGGAAGAGUACCCACACAAACUGCCCAUCUUAAACAAGACAUAUUUCUCUCACACACACACACACACACACACACAUACUCACACUUACACACACAGGUACUGGUUCUAGCUGUCUAGGUUUUGACGUGUAACCGUUUUCCCGGUUCUCCGACAAAGGACUUUAUACCGUCCCAAAAGAUACAGAGGAAUGAUGACGUGAAUGCUACAUAAUAUUGUUGCUUCUUCUUCUAUUCUUCUCUACUGUACUACUACUACUACUACUACUGAUGUUUUUAUAUAUAUAUAUAUAUAUAUAUAUAUGUCUGAAUAUUAUGAUUAUUAUAGUGUUGGUGGGAGAAUCUUUAGUGUAGAACUCCUAAAGCUUUAGCAUAACUUGAGCAUGGUCCAAAUCACACCCUAUUCGCUACAGAGCGAGUGCACUAUUGGCCAAAUGUAGUACACUAUAUGGGGCCUAAUCCCCAUAUUGUAGUGCAAUACUACUGACCAAAAGCAGUGCACUAUAAUGGGGAAAGGGGCAACUUCCCAAAUGGCACCCUAUUCCCUACAUAGUGCACUACUUUUGACAAGCUCCCUAUGGAACCUGGUCAAAAGUAGUGCACUAUUUAGGGAAUAGGGUGCCAUUUGGGACAUACCAAGUGUAUGAUUUUGGGCGACCCCUAAUCUCCUAAACUAAAACAAUGUUCUGAUAUGUCAUUAUUCUUGUCCAUUCAUAAUUGGGCAUAGAGAGAAGGAAGAGAGUCAGAAAACCACGUUUUUCUAGUAAUAUUCUAAUUUGUUUUGGAUAAUGUGUGUAUUUGGGUUUUGUCCUAAAUGGCACCAUUUUCCCUAUGAAGUGCACUACUUUUGACCAGGGCCCAUAGAGCUCUGGUCAACAGUAGUACACUAUAUGGGGAAUAGGGUGCAAUUUGGGAUGUGACCUCAGUCUACCAUCUGUGGGCUCAGUCUACUAGUCCUUGAUAUCACACUGUCUUACUGUUCUUCUGUGCAUCUUAUUAUGAUUCAUUCGUUUGAUGAAAUUAUUUUGAAUUUCUUUUAAUAUUUUUAUGUUUUUGUGUGUUCAUUUUGGCGAUAUCUGAUAUUUAUGAUAUUUUUUUAUUUGAUCUCUGGAAUUGUGACCUUAUUGCAGGAAGUUGGCAAAGAUGAGACGUGUUUGUGUGUGUAUGUGUGUGUGUGAGAGAGAUGGAGAGGUCAUGGAAGUGUGUGUGUGUAUGCGUGUAUGCAUGUGUGUUCAUGUGUGUAAGAUGCAGAGGUGAUGGAAGUGUGUGUGUGAGAGAAUUCAGUAUGAGUGUAACAGUGACAGGAGAUGUGUAUAGACAGAGUGAUAGAGGGAGCGAAGUGGCAUCGAUCCCUCUUUCUCUCUUCUCUCCCUUUCUCUCCUUUCGUAGGAACAGGAUUUGAAUCAGAAUGUUACACUUUUGAUUGAUUGUGAAUCUAGAGGUUUUUCUUGCGUCUUGUUACCAAGACAACCAGACCAGCAGCCUUCAACACUCCUUUAACAGUGUUUAGUUUCAACAAAACAAAAAAGGACAUAAAGAAACAAACCUCACUAUCGUUAAAACACUUCCUGAAUUUUGCAAGUUACCCAUAAUUCCCCCAUUUGUCAGUCAGUCAGUUCGCUGGGAAAAUAAUCUUCCCUUACUACUAUUCUGUUCUAGAACAAGAAGAAUCCUUCCGGAAAUCGGGAAUGCUGGAAUUGGAACGCAAUUUAUCAACUGAAAGAAGAGGUUCCCGUCAGUAGAAUUAUAGAACAGCAAUAAUAAUGGAAUUGAAUAUGUACGCAUAAGUAGCAUUGCUAAACUACAAUUGCAGUGUCCUCCUGGUCUGGUUUGUAGGCUAUCCGUGCUCAGAAACAUAGAAACGAUUGAGGAUGACAAUGUAUUUUUUCCCGGGGACCAACAGCUGGGUAGAUGAAUGUACAGUCAAGUUGAACUGGGAUUGUAGAAAGGAAAAGAUGAUGUGUUAAAUUAACUUCACUUUGAGAAAACAA